AUGCACAAUGGUUAUGCGUUGAACCCAAAAAUACCUAUUUCUCCAGAUAUGAAAAUUGCCGAAAUAGGUACAGGAACAGGAAUCUGGCUUCAAGACAUAGCAUCAGAACUGCCAGAAACUGUCCAGCUUCAUGGCUACGAUGUUUCCGCAAACCAAUUUCCCCCUGCAUCACUUUGCCCACCAAACCUGACAUUUGCUACACUUGAUGCAUUUGGAGAUGUUCCUGCACAUCUUGUUGAGACAUAUGAUGUCGUCCAUUUGAGAUUUUGGUGCGCCAUAAUUAGGGGCAACGACCCUGGUGCGCUUAUCCGUCAUGCUGCAAGGCUACUGAAGCCCGGGGGAUACUUGCAGUGGGAGGACGCAGAUAUGGGAAAGCCAGUUGUGCGAGGGGACGAGGCAGAGGCCUUUCAUAAACUUGGCAUGUCGGUUCUCCAGACCUUUAACGUCUUGUUAGACUGGAUUGGAGACAUUCCAAAUCUCGUCGUGGACGACGGAUUAACAGUUGUACAUAGCGCAACUAGUUCUUUCCACUCUACCUUGGUACCCCUUGCUAUCAGGACGUAUUUGGCUGGUUGGGCUGAGCUUUUCCAGUUAGUAGGCAAGACCAAAGAUCCAUCCCUUCCAACCGCCAGUGAGUGCCAGAAGGUUUUAUUCGCACUAGACGCGGGCGUCAAAACUGGGGCACUGUACUACUGGUUGCCGGUGAAUCUGCUCGCUCGGAAGCCCGGUACAGAGUAG